AAUGACGUAGGACCGAGGUACCAGUAUAAAAGAGCUGUCAAUCAUUCCAUCUCCCCUUUUGCAUCCGAGUUUGACAUCAGACGCUGCUGCAAAACCUGAACGCUGGAAAGCUGAAUUGUUGGAGAACGAGAAACAUCUGUUGUAGAUUACCUUUGGACUAGUGGAUAAUCACCAUUAAGUUACCGGAGAAGAAAACAACUGGAGAAAUGUCUUUCAGCCGGCCGAGGUCACCGACCCGUGAGGAGCUCCACGGUGAGGAGCAGCUGCUGCUUGGAGCCGCCGGUGUGUCACACAACGACCACGGAAGUGGCUCCUCUCAGAACUCAGACGGCGUCGCUGAACGUGCUGAGGUGCUCCCGCAGCUGAUCCGACCCAACAACCUCCGCCUCUACAUCGUCUCUGAUGAUGAGGCGCCUGAGGUUGAAGAAGGUGAGUAUAUCCCCCCUCUUUCUUCUGAUGAUGAUGAGGAUGAUGAGGAUGUGAGUGUCUUUCAGUUUGAAGACGGUGAGGUCUACCCACUCUCUGAUGACGAGGACAAGGACGAAGAGACCCUGGACGACUCUGGCUACGACACCACGGGCGACGAGGACGCUGAUGAUGGGGAUGACGUCGGACUUCGCUCUCCUGUCAUCCAGGAGUCCACACAGCAGCGCUUCAGGCAGGCCAGGCGACGAGUGCUUCCUCCUGUUCCCACUGGUUCCCCCGUCGCUGUUCCUGUUGGUGUUCCCGCUGGUCCUCCGGUCCACCUCCAUCCUCCUUUUGGGAUUCGGUUGCUGUUCCUCAGAGACUGAUUGUCAGGCACCUGCAGGUGCCUGUUCAGCAUUAGCAGCCUGUGGAGCAGCAUCAGUAAAUUAUUGAAGAUCAACUGAGAAGAUUCUGUCUUUGUGGUCAAGGCAGCUUCUUCACAGCACCCUCACUUUCUCACGAGGUGAUGGGAGCAAAACGUCAUGGAGGGACGAAACUCUCAAGAGUCAUUCCCCUCAACUUCUGGCCUCAGCUCCUCCACAGAGAGGAGCAGCGAAGAGAGCUGGCAGCAGGUAAGUGCUAAGAGGCCAAUGAGGUUUUGUGAGUAGACCUCAGAGAGGCAGAAAGCUCUGGAGACCCAAUUCUAUCAACUUCUGGCCUCAGCUACUCCACAAAGAGGAGCAGUGAUGACAACUGCAAGCAAGUUACUGCUCCUAUUAUCACCUUUUAACAAUUCAAUGAUUAUCUUACUCACUCUUUUGUUUUUGAAUUGUUCUGCUUUUUACUGAAGCAGACAAAGGUAAGGCAUUAAUAACAAAAUUAACAAUUUUCUUCUGCACUUAUUUUUAUCAGCUAUUUAAUGAUUUGGUUCUCUGUUGUUGUUUGAUGUUGUGCUUCAAUUUUAGUAGAUGGCUAUAUCUGAUAAGGUAUGGUAAUAAUUAAUAAUAUUAACAAGUAUUUUAACAAGUCUUCUAUGUGUUAAUGAUUAUUUAUCAUACUCAGUGUGUUGUUCUUUGAGUUUUUUACAUACUGUAGAAAACUGAACCAGACAGAGGUAAGGCAAUAAUUAAUAAAAACAUUUUUUUAUCAGUUAUUUAAUAUUUUUAAUGAUUAUUUAUAUUGUUCACAAUGUUGUACUUCAAUGUUUUUUAAUCAGGUAGCUGUCUUUUUCUACUUUUUCCUGCCAUACAUCCAGCAGUUUCCUUGACGACAAAGAAGUUCGUCCUCCCAACCAGAUGAGAAGGAUGGCCGACCACAAGACGAGCUGGAGAGCGAUGGUCACCUGUGAUUUAGUCAACAAACUAAGUCCUUACUAAGACUACAAGACUAGCAAAGGGCAGGACUCUUCCUGUGUCUUUGGCAUUCCUGGAGCAUCUGAGAGUGGAUGUGGAUCAGCCGAUGAUCUCAGGACACCCGAGCACCACAACAGUCCACUGAACACACUGAACCACUCUCGGCACCCUGCUUGCUUCCAGACCCCGAACAUUAUCUGAAGAGCCAGUUACAUGGUGGAGAGGAGGUGGUGCUGAGGCUCUAUCUGUUUGGCGACACCUGGAAGCUGCUUGAAAUCCUCCUGGUUCCAUUCCUCCAUAUAUGUUCACAUUAUACGGAUCAAUUUUUGUCAUAUGGACUCUGUAUGUCCAUCCUGGAAGAGGAAGCCCUACUCUAUUACUCUUUUUUUCUCUGUUAAAAGGGUUGUUUGGGAGUUUUUUCCUCAUCACUAUUUUUUACCACUUGACUGGUUUGGUGUUGAUUUCUAUAAAAGACAACAUCAGACAUCUAAAAUGA